CUAUAAUAGUAACUAUCAGCUUAUUCUUUGUGUCAAAAAAUUGGUGCGAUGGUGUAAUGGAUAUGAAGAAGAAUGAAAGGAAAGAUUAUUAUGAGAAAAAACCUGUUAGACUUGAUGAAAAACGCGGAGAUUUAUUUCAAAAAUUCGAGCAUGAUGUUAGAGCGACAGAUGGAAACUUUUUGGCAUCAGUCGAAACUCUUUCUUAUAAAGCUUUUCGUACUGAAUUUGAGAUAGAUUUACUUGGAACUUAUAAUAUCUGUAGAAAUCCAAAGGCUUCUUAUGAUUCAGCCGCAAAAGCGGGAAUUGAUGCUCUGAGUAAAAAUCGGUUUAUUCAUUAA